UAUACCCAUCGACCAAUACAAGCAUCAUCGAGAGUGCAGUUUCUACUUUGUACUAGCUAGCAAUGUCGAGCCGUAGAUCUUGUGGCCUGGUGCUCGCCUGCGCCGCCCUCAUGGCGGCGGUGGCCGGCGCGGCGCAGUACAACGUCGGCGGCGACAACGGCUGGGGCGUGCCCGGCGCCGGCGCCGAGUCCUACAACACCUGGGCCGAGAAGACCACCUUCCAGGUCGGCGACCAGCUCGUGUUCGUGUACCCCAAGGACAAGGACUCGGUGCUGCUGGUGGCGCCGGCCGACUACAACGCUUGCAACACCAACACGUACGACAAGCAGUUCACCGACGGCAACACCGUCUUCGACCUCGACCGCGCCGGCGCCUUCUUCUUCAUCAGCGGCGUCGACGCCAACUGCCGCGCCAACGAGAAGCUCAUCGUCAUGGUCGCCGCCGCCGCCAAGGGCGCUCCCACGCCCAGCCAGGGGUCACCCGCAGCAACAGCAACGACCCCGCCGUCUUCUCCCUCAGGUGGCGCCCCGCCAAACUCCCCAGCAGCCCCAAAUGCUCCGGCGGGUAACUCAACGCCGGCCAAGGACGCGCCUCCUGGAGCCGCCAGCGGCGCCGGCCUCACGGUGGCAGGCCUCGCCGGCUCGUUCGCGGCAUUGUUUGGAUACGCCAUGCUUGCUUUCUAGUACUGCUUUCCAAACCUAUCUUUCACUGCUCCUUUUCAAAGCCGGGAAACUAUUUGCUCCUUUUCAGAGGGCAAUGUGUCUCUCUGCUCAUAUUCUUUUCCGUUAUGGUCAAUGACAAAUGCAAUAUGAUGGUUCCUGAA